AUGUAUAACAAAGAUGGUAAAUUGUUUAGGAUUAGUCAGAAACUGAAACUUCUUUUUGAUGUUAUUGAUGCUUAUAGGGCUGAGAGAUGUUCUAUUACUGUUAAGACUUUUAAGAUUGCCAUGAAUUUGUAUAGACAAGCCAAACUUGAAGAUGAGGCGUUGUUGGUAUUGAGGAAAAUGUCAGAGUUUGGUUUAAGGGCAGAUACUUCUAUAUAUAAUUUGGUUAUUAGGUUCAUUUAUGUAAAUGGUGAUAUGAAUAUAACUGUAAGAAUGAUGAAAGAAAUGGGUUUGAUUGAUCUUUGUCCAGAUAUGAUCACUUAUGUCGUAAUGUAUAAAGGUUUUUGCAAUUUUGGGAAUAUGGAGAAAGCGAUUGAGUUGCUAGAAGAAAUGGAGAAAGAAGGUGGGAGCUGCAUUCCUAAUGUAGUAACCUAUACGUCUGUUAUUAAGAGGUUUUGUGAAAAGUGUCAGACAUUGGAGGCGGUGGAGGGUCGACUUAAUGAGGCCUAUAAAUUGAUUGAUAAUUUUGUUAAAGGAGAAGGUGUUUCUUAUGAAGAAUGUUAUGGUUCUCUUGCGGUGUCUUUGAAACAAAAUAGAGAAACAGAGGAGGUUGAGAAGUUGUUUAGGAAGAUGCUAGAUAGUGGGUUGAAACCAGAUCAUUUGGCUUGCAGCAUAAUGAUAAAGGAUCUUUCUUUGGUUGGUCAAGUUCUAGAUGUAUAUCGUUUGUGUGAUGAAAUUGAGAAGAUGAAAUCCUCGACUUCCAUUGAUUCUGAUUUAUAUUCCCUCCUUUUUGUGGGGCUUUGUGAAAAAAAAUCUUUCAGAGGAGGCAGUGAAAUUGGCAAGGUUAAUGCUGAUGAAAAAAAAUUAAACUGA